AUCACCCGGUAGACAUGAUGAACAUCAAGGCCUUCACGCUGGUCUCUGCCGUGGAGCGGGAGCUGCUCAUGGGCGACAAGGAGCGCAUCAACAUAGAGUGCGUGGAGUGCUGUGGCAAGGACCUCUACGUCGGCACCAACGACUGCUUCAUCUACCACUUCCUGCUGGAGGAGAAGACUGUGCCCACUGGGACUGCCACGUUCACUGCCACCAAACAGCUGCACAGACACCUGGGUUUCAAGAAGCCAGUGAAUGAGCUGCGAGCGGCCUCGGCUCUCAACAGGCUGCUGGUGCUGUGUGACAACUCCAUAACCCUGGCCAACAUGCUGAACCUGGAGCCUGUCCCCUCGGGGGCCCGCAUCAAAGGGGCGUCCACCUUUGCUCUGAACGAGAAUCCCGUGAGCGGGGACCCAUUCUGUGUGGAAGUUUGCAUCAUCUCUGUCAAGCGCAGAACCAUCCAGAUGUUUCUGGUGUACGAGGACCGGGUGCAGAUCGUCAAGGAGGUGUCGACCCCGGAGCAGCCCCUCGCCGUGGCUGUGGACGGCCACUUCUUGUGCCUGGCUCUGACCACUCAGUACAUCAUCCUGAACUACAGCACGGGCGUCUCCCAGGACCUGUUUCCCUACUGCAGCGAGGAGAAGCGGCCAAUCGUCAAGAGGAUAGGGAGACAGGAGUUCCUGCUGGCGGGCCCGGGAGGGCUGGGCAUGUUUGCCACAGUCGCUGGGAUAUCCCAGCGUGCCCCUGUGCACUGGUCAGAGAACGUGAUUGGGGCGGCCGUUUCCUUUCCGUAUGUCAUAGCACUCGAUGACGAAUUCAUCACAGUUCAUAGCAUGUUGGACCAGCAGCAAAAGCAGACCCUGCCCUUUAAGGAAGGCCACAUCCUACAGGACUUUGAAGGAAGAGUGAUUGUUGCCACAAGUAAAGGAAUUUACAUCUUGGUUCCAUUACCUCUGGAAAAACAAAUACAGGAUCUUCUAGCAAGCCAUAGAGUGGAAGAGGCUUUGGUUUUAGCAAAAGGGGCCCGGAGGAAUAUUCCAAAAGAGAAAUUUCAGGUAAUGUACAAAAGGAUUCUGCAGCAGGCGGGGUUUAUACAGUUUGCACAACUUCAGUUCCUGGAAGCUAAAGAGCUCUUCAGAAGCGGCCAGCUUGACGUCCGGGAGCUGAUCUCUCUCUACCCCUUCCUGUUGCCUACCUCCUCCUCCUUCACCCGGUCCCACCCUCCUCUCCACGAGUAUGCAGACCUGAACCAGCUGACGCAGGGGGACCAGGAGAAGAUGGCCAAGUGCAAGCGAUUCCUCAUGAGCUACCUGAACGAAGUCCGCAGCACAGAGGGCGCAAACGGCUACAAAGAAGACGUCGACACAGCCUUGCUCAAACUGUACGCGGAGGCCAACCACGACAGCCUGCUGGACCUCCUUGUCACCGAGAACUUCUGUCUUCUGACGGACAGCGCCAUGUGGCUGGAGAAGCACAAGAAGUACUUUGCACUGGGACUGCUCUAUCAUUACAAUAACCAAGAUGCUGCUGCAGUUCAGUUGUGGGUGAACAUUGUGAACGGGGACAUCCAGGACUCCACGCGCUCAGACGUGUAUGAAUACGUCGUUGAUUUCCUCACCUGCUGCGUAGACCAGGAGCUGGUGUGGGCCCACGCGGACUGGGCCCUGCAGAAGAGUGAGGAGGUUGGAGUUCAAGUUUUCACCAGGAGACCUUUGGAUGAACAUCAGAAUAGUUUUAAGCCAGAUGAUAUUAUCAAUUGCCUUAAAAAAUACCCUAAAGCCCUCGUUAAAUAUCUGGAACAUCUCGUUAUAGACAAGAGACUGCAGAAAGAAGAGUAUCACACACACCUGGCCCUCCUCUACCUGGAAGAGGUGCUGCAGCAGAGGGCCUCCGCCAGCAGCAAGGGUGCAGAAGCCACCGAGACGCAGGCCAAACUGCGGCAUCUGCUCCAGAAGUCCGAUUCGUACCGAGUUCACUCUCUCAUAGAGAGGAUCCAGGGCGCCGGCCUGCCCAUGGAGAGCGCCAUCCUCCACGGGAAGCUGGGCGAGCACGACAAGGCCCUGCACAUCCUGGUGCAUGAGCUGAAGGACUUCUCGGCGGCCGAGGACUACUGCCUGUGGUGCUCCGAGGGCCGGGACCCGCCCCACCGCCAGCGCCUCUUCCACACACUGCUCGCCAUUUACCUCCACGCCGGACCCUCUGCCCACGAGCUGACCGUGGCUGCUGUGGACCUGCUGAACCGCCAUGCCACAGAAUUCGAUGCGGCCCAGGUGCUGCAGCUGCUGCCCGACACGUGGUCAGUGCAGCUUCUUUGCCCGUUCCUGAUGGGCGCCAUGAGGGACAGUGUCCAUGCCAGGAGGACCAUGCAGGUGGCCGUUGGCCUGGCUAGGUCAGAAAACUUAAUCUACACCUACGAUAAGAUGAAGUUGAAAGGAAGCUCUGUGCGGCUGUCCGACAAAAAGCUUUGCCAGAUGUGCCAAAAUCCCUUUCGUGAGCCUGUGUUUGUUAGAUAUCCAAACGGUGGUCUUGUGCACACCCACUGUGCUGCCAGCAGACACACGAACCCCAGCUCACCCAGCCCUGGCACUCGGACUUGACACGCUUGGCCUGAGGGCACGAGGGGACUCCGACACCAUGUUCGUUACCAGCCUGCCGGAUGCAAAGAGCAGACAGCCAGGCCCUGUGUCAGCCAGAACGAGGGGAAGACAUCUGGGUACCUGCGUGCCGGGGAGACUUUAGUCCACGGGAAACAAGGACUCCUCACUUCUGACUGCUCUCUGUGAAUGUACAUGGCAAAUCCCUGAAAAUCCCGAAAAUAGAGACAUGCAAGAGUUCACCUGUCCACGAACAAUUAUCCAAAACAAAGGUCUACUUUGAAAAGUGAGUCUUCCCUGUGCAGUCGAGACACAGGUGAGGCCCUGCUGCCCCCAGCCCCAUCUUUAGACACGCACCUGCACUGGAAACAUGCUUCAGCGUGGCCUGAGAUGCAGCCCACUCCUGCCCGGCAAGUGGCCAGGGCAUAGACACCUGUGGUGGCAGCCUUGCAUUCCCACGGAGGUGUGUUCUCCAUCCACACGGCUCAGCCGUGGCAGUCCUGUUUCCCAGGGUAACCUUGUGGGCCCUGCCUUUGCCCUUGGAAACAGCUGACCUUGGAGAAGGAUCUUUGUUUCUUACUUCCCGUCUGGCUCUCUCAGUCCCCAAAAUAUUCUGCCUUCUUUACCCAAGCACUCACUUUUGGGUAAAUUCCUAUGCUUCUGGCUGCCUAGAGAGUGAAGAUCUAUUUAGAAACUGCGAAAACUCCAGGAGAGAAGCCUGGAGGUGGCGGGAAGGGGAAUCUCCUGGCGGGCGAGGGCCCAGGUGUGCGUUCCUUUCCUGUCCAUUGUCUGCUGAUGUGAAACUCCAUGAUUACCAUGUUUGACUAAACAUUUUUAUUUAAAUUGCAUCACCUCUGUAGUUUUUCUCGUCUUUAGAAAUUCAUCCAUCCUAUUCGUUAGGGAUAUUUUCUCUCAUUAGAGUGUACCUCCUAUUGAAUACUUGGGAAACUAAAAGGGAAAUGUGAUGAGCACAAACCGAGCAUUCUUUGCAGGAGAGGCCGGCUUUAACCUCUCACUUUUAGCAGGGCAGGCACCGGGUGAAGCUGUCUUGGUGCUUGGCGGAGGCGGCGCCGCUCCUGGCGGGUGCCUCUGGACCGCACACCCUCACGGGGACGUCCAGUCAGGCUGCUUCACCUCCCUGCACUUUACGUGCCUGCUCUGAGG